AGAUGGAACAAGAGGAGCAGCAGUAUCUUUGCUGAGAAUUUUUUUUUUUUUUGUGUGCCAAUACAGAAGUGCUUUGUGGUAGGCCAUCUGGGCUGGGAGGAUUUCCUCACAAUUUAAAGUAUGACAUUUGACAUAGAGCCCUGGGAUUUGCUGUGAAGCUCUUGAGGUUGCAGGGAAAAGUUGGCACAACUGAUUUCAGGAGUUGUAAAAUAGGUGAUAGCAUGGAGUCUAGCCUGCCUGAGCUCACAUCUGUUGAAUCUACAUCACUUGGAACCUUCUGCAAUGAUGACAGCAUUUCUGCAGCAAGCACCUCUGACGUACAGGAUCGCUUAUCUGCUUUGGAACUAAGAGUUCAGCAACAAGAGGAUGAAAUCACAGUACUCAAGGCUGCUUUGGCCGAUGUCCUCAGACGUCUGGCAAUUUCUGAAGAUCAAGUGGCCACAGUCAGAAAGGCUGCUCCAACCAAAGGUUCGCCAUUACUACGUGAAGCUCUUUCUAUGUCUUGUAUAACCAAUGGAGGUUCUGGAACCAGAAAAAUAAGCCAUACUGGAUCAGUUGCGAAGAAAGAUACACUGGCUUCUGCUGCUAAGAGCAGUGCAGAGAAAAAGAAAGAAAAAGCCCAUGGCACAAAAGAGGAAUCAAAUACAAAUGAUCAAAAUCUGCCAAAUCCCAUAAAUCAAGCAUCUCCUUCUCCCCUUCAGUCCCCACAGCCUCUUUCAACACACAGGCCAAAUCAGGAAAGCAGGACCCCUGCACCAGUAAAAAGUGUGAAGAGAAGCUCUACUAUAGAAAAAUCACACAACAUGUGGGAUAAUGCUGAUGACGGUAAAAACAAAUUAAUGAGAGCUUCUUCAACCUCUAAAUUGACAUCAAAAGUUUCCAAAGCUACAGAUAAGCAUAAAGAUAUUGUCAUCAGCCCAGCAAAAAUGUCCACACGGGAAAAAAACAGCCAAGAAGGAGAAUAUAUUAAGAUGUUCAUGCGAGGGCGACCAAUCACAAUGUUCAUUCCUUCAGAUGUGGAAAAUUAUGAUGACAUUAGGACAGAGUUGCCACCUGAGAAAUUAAAACUGGAGUGGGUAUAUGGCUAUCGCGGGAGAGACUGCAGAGCCAAUGUUUACCUCCUGCCUACUGGAGAGAUUGUAUAUUUCAUAGCAUCCGUUGUAGUACUGUUCAAUUAUGAUGAAAAGACUCAGCGACACUAUCUGGGUCACACAGACUGCGUUAAAUGCAUAGCUAUUCAUCCUGACAAAAUAAGGAUUGCAACAGGGCAGAUUGCCGGGGUAGACAAAGAUGGAAGACCUUUGCAGCCCCAUGUUCGUGUAUGGGAUUCUGUUAGCCUUUCCACACUGCAAGUUAUUGGACUUGGGACAUUCGAACGAGGCGUUGGGUGUUUGGAUUUCUCAAAAGCGGACUCAGGUGUACAUUUAGCUGUGAUUGAUGACUCCAAUGAACAUAUGCUUACUGUAUGGGACUGGCAAAAGAAAUCUAAAGUAGCAGAAAUUAAGACUACAAACGAGGUAGUGCUGGCUGUUGAGUUCCAUCCCACUGACGCAAACACAAUAGUAACCUGUGGCAAGUCUCACAUCUUCUUCUGGACCUGGAGUGGCAACUCUUUAGUAAGGAAACAAGGAAUAUUUGGGAAAUAUGAGAAGCCAAAGUUUGUGCAAUGCCUAGCAUUUUUAGCAAACGGAGACGUGCUUGCUGGGGAUUCCGGUGGAAUAAUGUUAAUAUGGAGCAAAACUGCAGUAGAAUCAACAGCUGGCAAAGGAGUGAAAGGUGUCUACCAAAUUAGUAAACAAAUCAAAGCUCACGACGGCAGUGUAUUCACACUUUGUCAAAUGAGAAACGGCAUGCUGCUUACUGGAGGUGGCAAGGACAGAAAAGUCAUUAUGUGGGAUCACAAUCUUAACCCAGAAAGAGAGAUUGAGGUCCCUGACCAGUAUGGCACCAUCCGGGCUGUAGCCGAAGGAAAAGCCGAUCAGUUUUUAAUUGGGACAUCACGUAAUUUUAUUUUGCGAGGAACGUUUAACGAUGGCUUCCAAGUAGAAGUGCAGGGUCAUACAGAUGAACUCUGGGGAUUGGCAACACAUCCAUUUAAAGACCUUCUGUUAACAUGCGCUCAAGACAAACAAGUUUGUUUGUGGAACUCUGUGGAUCACUCACUAGAAUGGACCAGGCUCCUGGAUGAAACAGGACACUGUGCCGAUUUUCAUCCAAGUGGGAUAGUAGUAGCAAUCGGAACACAUUCUGGAAGGUGGUUUGUUCUUGAUGCAGAAACAAGAGAUCUUGUUUCAAUACAUACAGAUGGGAAUGAACAGCUCUCAGUGAUGCGAUACUCAGUUGAUGGCUCUCUUCUUGCUGUCGGUUCACAUGAUAACUUCAUUUAUCUCUACACUGUCUCAGAGAAUGGAAGAAAGUAUAGCCGUUAUGGAAAGUGCACUGGACAUUCCAGUUACAUUACGCACCUUGACUGGUCCCCGGAUAACAAGUACAUAAUGUCUAACUCAGGAGACUAUGAAAUAUUAUACUGGGACAUUCCAAGUGGCUGUAAAUUGAUCCGAAAUCGUUCAGACUGCAAGGACAUUGACUGGACAACUUACACCUGUGUUCUAGGAUUUCAAGUGUUCGGAGUGUGGCCAGAAGGAUCAGACGGAACGGAUAUCAAUGCACUAGUAAGAUCCCAUAAAAGAAAAGUGAUUGCUGUUGCUGAUGACUUCUGCAAGGUCCAUUUAUUUCAGUAUCCUUGCUCCAAACCAAAGGCUCCAAGUCACAAGUACAGUGCUCACAGUAGUCAUGUAACUAAUGUCAGCUUCACACAUAGCGACUCCCACCUAAUAUCUACAGGAGGGAAGGACAUGAGCAUAAUGCAGUGGAGACUUAUCGAAAAAGUCUCCCUCUCACAAAAUGACAGUAUAGUUGAAGUCAGUGCAGUUAAUGCACCUGUUGCAAGUGAAAUAGUUGUGCAGCCAAACACGCCUAACUCAGUGCCACCUCUAAAUGAGGUUCCUGAAGAGGUUGUUGAAGAGGAGAAGACUCCAGAAGAGCCUCCUGCAUCAGUGGAGAGCAGUGUCGAAGACGUUCUGGAUCAGUCUGAAGAACAAAACGAAGUUCAGAGCGAAGAAAGCACCCAGGAACCAGUAGAGUCAAAUGGUCAAGAGCCUUCAAGUGAAAUUAGCGAAGAGCAAUCUGAUUCUCCUACCAUAACUGAAACCCAGGGAGAUAAUUCACCAUUGUCUUAACAACUUAAAGCGGGAUGGUCUUUUUUUUUUAACUGGUGUGUGUGCUUUCAUAAUGGGAAGAGGGUUUAAAUAGCAGAAGAGUUUUGGCUGAAAAUCAGUACCAUACCUGUAUAAUUUUGGCAAAUUUCAAGCAUGAAAUUUUGCCUUGGGCUCAAGUGACAGCCAACGUUCAGAACUAGCCAAUGUUGGAAGAAGGUCAAAAACCAUAGAUUAUAGAGUUCAGGAACUGAUGUCACAAAGAGGAUUGUAGAUAUUUUUCAGGGACAAACUGGGUUCAAUAAUAGAUUAAGAAGUGUGUGGAAACCCAAAUUAUAUGUUUCACAGCAGAGGAUUUUUUUGUGUAAUACAACCGCAUUUCCUAGGUGCAUAUUCAUACAGGCCAAAGGCUAAGCCAUCUUGAAUAACAGAGUGCUCUCUUUUCAGCACUACUUUGGUCGACACAUAUGCAAUUUUCUUACAAUAAUUCUAGGUGAAUUUGCAAUAUGAAGUUUGCCCUUAGUGCUGCUAGCUAUCUUAAGGACUAUUUUUAUUAUAUAACAACUAUUCAGCUAACGGCUUAUUCAUUGUGAUCUAGCUUUAUCCUGACCAAGCCUUCUCAUAGAGGAUCCCAAUUCAUGCACAUCAUUUGCCCAAAACAAACACUGCAUUCUAAACAAAAGGUAUCACUGCUAUAAGCAAAAUGUUAUCUUUUUAAAACUAUUUCACAGAACUCGUAAAUUUCAUGGUUCACUAAAAUGGUGCUUGACAUUUCUAAACAAUUGUUUUUUUAAUUGAAACCAUAGUAAUCUAGCAUCACCAGAAGGAAAAAGAAAACAAAUUCGGAUUGCAUGCUAUAAAUUUUAAAACACAUUUUUCAUUUCCCAUUUUCUUUGUGAAUAUUUUAACUACACAAAAUAUUUUGUCAUUUUCUGCAUUUUUCUAUAAUUUCUAGAUAAGUUUAGACAUUUUUUGUUUUGGUUAAAUUCAUAAGUCUUAAGUGUGCAAGCGUUUACGUGAUUGCGCCAUUCCAAAGUGCAUCAAAACUGUCAUUCCCUUUUAGUAACCACUCAGGAGUAUUGCUAUAGAUCAGGUAUUUAGUAAGAAGAUUUCAAUGGAUGCCCAAAGGAUACAAUGUACACAAACCUAUCUACGGUGAAGUUAUAUGGCAAUGUUUGUAUGCUUGCAUGUGUGUAUAAGCUGUAUAUCUUCAUAUUUGUAUGUGUGUAUAUGCCUAUAAAAUUAUACACAUGCAAGUGUCUAAAGAUGUAACAGAAAUUUUCUCUUGUUUACAAUGUUCCAAAAAUGCCUCGAAGUCUCUAGCGGAAAGGGAUAUAGAGAUUCCAAGCAAAAAGUGUGUUUAAGUUGUUCUCUGUACUUUGUAUUUUCAGUGAACUCUUAUGAAUGUUCAGGAAUUGAAAAUGUACUUUUGUAUUUUCAGUGAACUCUUAUGAAUGUUCAGGAAUUUAAAACGGUUGCAAUCACAUGAAAUGUUGUAGAAUAAACUGUGGGUAAAUACAUAUGAGGACAAUAUAGGCAUCUAAACACACAACUAUCCUUUUUUGUUUUCGUUUGGGGGGUGGGAAAGGGGGAAUAUAAAUAUAAAUGUAGAGGUUGCCAUAAAAAGAAAUUUAAGAAAAAAUAUGGAUUAUAAAUAUGCAAAAAGCCUUACAUCAUUUAAGCACUGGCAACUACUGUUUAAAAUCUAAUUAUUCUGUGAUUUAUGAAUGGGGGAAAAAGGUUAAUUAUGUAAUUGUAGGUGUCUUUGAAACAAAAUUGUGAAUGAAAACUGAAUAAGUGUGUUUCAUGUGAAGAUGUUUGAGCCAUUUCUAUCUCAUGCAUUCCUGUCUCAUGACAGUAAUUUUUUUUUUGAAGAUUAAAAGCAAUAGAAAAUAAAAAAUGUAAAA